UGUCCCACUGAUCUUUUCAAACUUCGAUUCAGUUGAAGUGAGGUAGCAACAUAUUCGGGGAAUAAAUGGCCAACGUUUCUUUUUUGCGAGCGAUGUACGUACACAGAGUAGGGCUGGCGUCCCAGCAGUAUAGAACGCAACUCCGGCUGCAGUACUCUGCAGUGUCCGAAAUCUGUAAGUCGCAUUUCGGAAGGCCCGGAAAUGCAGCAGUCAGAGCUAGUCUGCUGCAAAAACUGAAUGCAUUUUAUUGUGUUGGCUCAGCUCCCAGUCGGUGUAUUUUUAUCGAGUCCAGACUGAGAAAUCGAGUUCCAGAGAGGAAGCAAGACAACAAAGUAUCUUUAAAAAGGAGUGCGCCACCCGCAUCAACAACUCAGAAAGUAAAGGAAGCUGGAAAAGACCUUACCUAUCUUCUAGUGGUCUUGGUUGGGAUUGGUAUAACAGGUGGAUUAUUCUAUGUAAUAUUUAAAGAGCUGUUUUCCUCCUCAAGUCCCAGCAAAAUAUAUGGAGACGCCCUGAAGAAGUGUAGAGCCCACCCCGAGAUAAUUGGAGCACUGGGAGAACCUAUAAAAGGUUAUGGAGAGACAUCUCGACGCGGUAGAAGACGACAUGUCAGUCAUGUGGAAUACGUGAAGGAUGGUGUGAAGCAUAUUCAAAUCAAAUUUUACAUUGAGGGCUCCGAACCCAUAAAAGGAACAGUGCACUUGGAUGCAAAAGAGAACCCCGAAAGUGGAAGGUCAACCAUAGGACCAUAGAGCCAUGCCACCCUGGGGGACAUCAGCCCACCUCUAAAGAGGAGGAGGAGAGGACCUCAGAGAGUACAGCAUCACAUCCUUGCCCCCAGCCUGCACCAAUCCUGAUACUUUCAUUUCGGUGGAUAUGCGCAGGAUGGUGGAUUCAGGGUCAUAACCUGCUUCGAGCAUCACACAAGCACCUAACCAGCUACCAGAGGUUGUGACAACUGAGACUUCUGACAGUCAGAGCAGGGUGGGAGAUCAGGCACAUGCUGAGAAGCAGGCUGAUGAUGAGUCUUUGGAGUUGACCAUAAGGCAACAGUAGCUGGAAGUUCUAUGUGAAGAGCAUGAUGAUCAGGCAGAGUUUCCAGAGGGUAUACAUGCUUUGGCUCAGACAGCGGAGAAGUCCACCCAGGCCAUGUGUGCUGCAAUCUUCCUCUCAUCUGUGCCCAAGGUCACCUCCAUCGAAAGAUUGGCAACUCUCAUAGAGAGUCACAUCUGGCAGUCCCUUCGGUGGCAGAUCUGCAUAUCAUCACUUUGUCACUGAGUUCAAGGGAGCUGAUGCAAGAUAAAAAAGAGUGUGAGGCAUCUGAAGUCACCACCAGGUCCAUGUCCAUCUCAGGUGGGCAGGGAGGUACAACUGUGCCUUUCAAGGGAAGAGAGGAUGCUGUAUCUAGGGGCACCUCUCUGGGCACUCCGAAUGUGGACAUCCUCAGCCCCUCUGCCAGUGACACUAGUGCCUCAGGUAAUCUCAAUGACAAAGGAGGCUCCUGCACCUGCCAGGCAACCAGAGGACGGCCGCCAAGAUCAUCUCAGGCAUGGGACAGCAAAUUCGGCAGCCUGCUUCCACCACAGCUGGCAGCAAAAGGGGAGCAUCAUGUAGGAGCCGGCAUAGAAAAUUUAAGAAAACACUUUGAAUGAACAUGGACUUCACAGGUGCUAGUUAUAUAUAGGAUUAUUGCAACAGUUAAUGCAAUAAAUGUUGAAUGCCACUUA